CAACUUGUUUUAUAUAUAACUUCUCUCUCUCCUCCACUUGCAAAUUGACCUCCAUUCUUCAUUCAAGAUUAUUCAUCCCCACCACAACCAAACAUCAAGUUGAUCUAUCUAUCUUUAUAGAAAAAGGCAGGCCUUUUAAACAUCAAAUCUACCAAACAAGAAGGAAAACCCAAAAAAAAUAUGAUGCUAAGAAGCUCCUCAACACCAGUUCUUGGAUCCCUUCUUCCAUCAUUUUCAGACAGCCCCAACAACAACAACAACAACAAUCAGCACCACUCUGAAUAUUUGCAUGGAUCCACACACAAACACACACCAAAUGGCAAGAUUUCAUGCAAUAAUAAUGGAGGGUCUCAAAAUGUCAGGAAAUCAAGCUUGUUUCGCUCUCAUUCGGUAGCAGAUAUCAAGAAAUGCGCAAGUGGGAAUGGGUUUCGAAGAGUUCUAUCAGAAGGGAACUUGGAGGAGUUGGGUGAUGAUUCUUCUCCAUACAGUGUUGAUGGGCUCAGUCUUGCCAAGAAAUCUUCUAGAAGGAAUAGCUUCUGCGCCUUGGAGGCAAUUCCUUCGUUUUCGUUCAGUCAUUCGAGAACACCUUAUCUCGAAGAAGAAGAAGAUGACAGUGAUGAUGAUGUCUUUGUGGAGGAGGAAGAAUUAGAAUCGGAAAGUGUUUCUAAUGCGUUGAGUGCGGAUAAAGACUCGGUUUUCGGGCCGGUUGGAAAUGAUGUGAGCAAUGAUUAUGGCAAUUUGAGAUUUGAAGGAGGUGAGGGGAAGAUGUACCUUGCAGCAGGGCUUGGGAUUUCGGGUAUUGAUUUUGUCGACGGUUGUGGAAGUGGCAGUGGUGGUGGCGGCAGAGGAGGUUAUCGGCCGGUUGAUUUAGGCAAGGACGGUGGUGGAGAAAACAACAGCCUUGGCAUGGAAGAAUAUUACAAGAAAAUGGUGGAAGAAAAUCCAGGGAAUCCAUUGUUUCUGAGAAACUAUGCUCAGUUUUUGUAUCAGAAAAAGAUGGAUCUUGAGGGUGCUGAAGAAUACUACUCCAGAGCAAUCUUGGCAGACCCUGAAGAUGGUGAAAUCCUGUCGCAAUACGCCAAGUUAACAUGGGAGCUCCACCGUGACAGAGAGCGAGCAGCUAACUAUUUCAAAAGAGCAAUUCAAGCAUCAUCAGAAAACAGCCAUAUACAUGCGGCCUACGCUUGUUUCCUUUGGGAUGCAGAAGAGGAUGAGGACGAAGAAGACGAAUUAGCAGGAAAUUCCCGAACCGAGCAGCAGCUGUUCUUCCAACAUGCCUCUGCAACUGCUUAUUAGUGUAAAUACAAGUUUAGGAGAACUAAAUUUAUCUAGCAUAUAGAAUACUGGAGAAUUCAAUCUAUGGAAGUCAGUAAUUGAAUUUUCAUGAAAAACAUAAUGCCUGAAAGUCUGAAAGAUAAUUAGCUAAUUUAAAUUCAGAAGUUUCAUUG